AUGUCGACCGCUUUCAGAUCCGUUGCGCCCUUUCUGCGGACUGCGAGACAUGGACUCAGGACUCGCCACGUGAAUCCCCUUCAGUCCAGCAUCAAGUCGCAGAAUGCCUCUGGCCUCCUCAACCUUUACCGCACAUAUGCUGUCUACGAGCGGACAAAACCCCACGUCAACAUUGGCACAAUUGGUCACGUCGAUCAUGGCAAGACCACUCUCUCGGCUGCCAUCACGAAGAGGCAAGCCGAAAAGGGGUUCGCCAACUUCUUGGAUUACGGCUCCAUCGACAAGGCCCCAGAGGAGCGCAAGCGCGGCAUCACCAUCUCGACGGCCCACAUCGAAUACUCGACCGAGAACCGCCACUACUCCCACGUCGACUGCCCGGGCCAUGCCGACUACAUCAAGAACAUGAUUACGGGUGCCGCAAACAUGGACGGUGCCAUCAUCGUCGUCGCCGCUUCCGACGGUCAGAUGCCCCAGACCCGAGAGCACCUGCUGCUUGCCCGACAGGUCGGAGUUCAGAAGAUCGUCGUCUUCGUCAACAAGGUCGACGCCAUCGAUGACCCAGAAAUGCUCGAGCUCGUCGAGAUGGAGAUGCGCGAGCUCCUCUCCACCUACGGCUUCGAGGGCGACGAGACCCCCGUCAUCAUGGGCUCUGCCCUGAUGGCCCUGAACAACCAGAAGCCCGAGAUUGGCCAGCAAAAGAUUGAUGAGCUGCUCAAGGCCGUCGACGAGUGGAUUCCUACCCCCGACCGUGACAUGGACAAGCCUUUCCUCAUGUCCGUCGAGGAUGUCUUCUCCAUUGCCGGCCGUGGUACCGUCGUCUCCGGACGUGUUGAGCGAGGUGUCCUGAAGCGCGACGAGGAGGUUGAGCUGGUCGGCAAGGGCAACGAAAUCGUCAAGACCAAGGUCACCGACAUCGAGACCUUCAAGAAGUCUUGCGAGCAGUCGCAGGCUGGUGACAACUCUGGUCUCCUCAUCCGUGGUAUCCGCCGCGAGGACGUCCGCCGGGGUAUGGUUGUCUGCAAGCCUGGCACCGUCAAGUCGCACACCCAGUUCCUCGCCUCUCUCUACGUCCUCACCAAGGAUGAGGGUGGCCGUCACACUGGAUUCCACGAACACUACCGACCUCAGCUGUACCUCCGAACCUCCGACGAGUCCGUCGACCUGACCUUCCCCGAGGGCACCGAGGACGCUUCCUCCAAGAUGAUCAUGCCCGGCGACAACGUCGAGAUGGUUGUCACCAUGCAACACCCCAACGCCGUCGAGACUGGGCAGCGAUUCAACAUUCGCGAGGGCGGCAGAACCGUCGCCACCGGCUUGAUCACUCGCAUCUUGAAGUAG